UCUCCUGGGCCCCAAUAACUAGAUUCAAUUAUAUUCAUCGUUAAAAUAGUUAAUUUCUGAGUUUCUUGGCAAUAUUUAGGCGUCAGAAACCGGUAUAUACGAGUCUCUGAAUACGAUAAUCUGGCAGCGCUGGUCUUUCCGAGGACAACACGGCCGCAGGAUGGGCAAGCCACGUGGUAUCCGCACUGCCCGUAAGCACGUGAACCACCGGCGGGAGCAGCGGUGGCACGAUAAGGACUACAAGAAGGCCCAUCUGGGGACCCGCUGGAAGGCCAACCCCUUCGGAGGUGCCUCACACGCCAAGGGCAUCGUCCUUGAGAAGAUUGGCAUUGAGGCCAAGCAGCCCAACUCUGCCAUCCGUAAGUGUGUGCGUGUCCAGCUGAUCAAGAACGGCAAGAAGAUCUCCGCCUUCGUGCCCAGGGACGGCUGCCUCAACUACAUUGAGGAGAACGAUGAGGUGUUGGUGGCCGGCUUCGGUCGUAAGGGUCAUGCCGUCGGUGACAUUCCCGGCAUCAGGUUCAAGGUUGUUAAGGUAGCCAACGUGUCUCUUCUCGCCCUCUACAAGGAAAAGAAGGAGAGGCCUCGCUCUUAAGUAUGACAUCUUAAAUAAAAAAAAUCCAAAC